CUUUUCCUAUGCCUAAAAUGCUUAGAUGGUGGGCAUGAAAUGUAGUAUAUCUGUCGUGGGCCCCAUACCCGCCUGCCGGCCUGGGUUCUUCAGGAUCCUGUAUCUUCCUCCGAUUAGUCUCACACAGCCGCAGUGUAUUCUGCUCCUCUGAGACCGGGGCUAUUCUUUAUAAAUAUCUACUAGACUGAUCUUUCGUUACCAGUGGAAGAGGGGCACUGUCAUUAUCGACCACCCUCUCCAUGCAUGUCAUUCCUUUGAAUACAAUCAUCCCGAUCCUCCUGAACUAGUGGCCAGCAAACCCUACCAUCUUUUUCCUUCUUUCCAGCAAGUCAUUCUUUUAAAUCUUUCACCAUGACGAUUACCUCAAGGGGAGCUGAGAUGAUAUGCAUCGUCUCGGUGCUGGUCGGUCUUUCCCUAAUAUCAGUCAUCCUGCGAGUCUUCGCCCGAAUGAAACGAAGCAUUGGGUUGGGCAUGGACGACUACCUCUGCUUCCUUUCAAUGACUCUUCUGAUUGCUAUGCUUAUUGAAUUAGUGCUAUGGGUUACCAUCGGAGGCAAUGGAUCCCAUAUGGCAGACCUAGAUAAGACAACAUUGAUGAAUUUCUCAAAGAUAUUCCUCGCAAACCAGUUCACAUACUUCGUACUCUGCCCUGCCAUCAAAAUCUCCAUCAUAUGCUUCUACCGUCGAAUCUUCACCAUGAAACCCUUCCAAUGGGUAUCAUUCGCCCUCAACACCCUAAUCGCCGCCUGGGGAACCGGUAUCUUCCUAGCCUGCGCCCUACAAUGUCGCCCCUUAAGGGGCUACUGGGACAAGAGCAUCGACGGCCACUGCUUCGAUCAGAACAAGUUCUUCAUCGUCAACCAAGGCUUCAACAUCCUCAUGGACUUUGUUAUCCUCUUCCUGCCAAUCCCCAUGAUCUGGGGCCUCCAGCGCGCAUGGCAGGAUAAACUCGCCCUGAACGGCGUCUUUGCCAUCGGUGGCUUCGUCUGCUUCGCCAGUAUCUAUCGUAUCGUUGUCCUCUUCUGGAUCGAACCGAAUGACACCACCUACACCGUCUAUCAGGCGACUCUGUGGACCCAUAUCGAGCCCUCCGUCGGUCUCAUCUGCUCCUGUCUCCCCAUCAUCCGUGGUCUGUUCCCGAGAUUCAAGAUCCCCGGCACUCGUCGGUAUGCUACCGCGCCGUACUAUAUCAAUACCGAUGUUAGCACCACCAAUUUCGUCAUGUCUAGCCCUAAGUCGCCUGCCUCCGCGUACUUUAAGAUGAUGGAGGAGGGUACGGUGUCCCGUGCAACGAGUGAUUCUAAUAUCCCCGCUGAUAAGAAUUACUUGGGUCCUAUGGGGAUUGCGGUUCGCACGGACUUCUCCGUUAGCAAGGACUCGGCUUCUGUGAAGUCUCAUUCUUGAUCUUAUGGUGCCUGGUGCUUUAUAUCAGUCCGUGUUCCGUGAUUCUAUGGACGUCUCGUUCUUUCUUGCCUCAUUCUUACGACCUCAUCUUUACGACUCUUAUGUCUUACUGUCUUUCGUUAUGGCUCAAUGCCCAGACUUCUCCUUGCAUGCUUC